CACCUCUCCUCUAAUCUCUUCUACAAAAAUCUUAUCAACCAUGGAAAAGAUCCCAAUCUUUGUCGCUCUCUUCGCCCUCGUCCUCAUCGUUAGCAAGGCAUCAGAGGCGCACCGAGUGGGAAAAUUCUCGGAAACCAUUAAGGACGUUGACGAGGCGAAGAUAUUGAUGGAUGAGUUGAAGGAGAAGGAGUUGAAGGUGAAGGGUCUGAAAACGGAGGUUAACUACCUGACCAAAUCGGAGAAGAUAUUGGACAAACUCAUGGAGAAAAACCUCAACGACAAGGACAUCCAGACUCUGUCCACGACCCUCACUGAGUUCCACACCGAGUGGUCGGUCAAGGCCUCUAACUCGGUCGUGCCCAUGAAAGAGGUCAAGUACAUGUCCCUCAUCGCCAAGAUCUUGCAAGAUUUGAAGAAGAGACUCGACCACUAGAUAUUUUGUGUUUCAUCGAUUUUCUGGUCAAUUAAGAUGAAACUAGGUGUUCCGAGCCAUGGUUUUUUGGUUUUUAUUAAAUUGAGAGGAGACCAAAUUUGCCAUGCAUGAUGAUAUAUAUAUCAUUUACGUAUAAUAUUAAGUUGUGAUUAUGAAUUCUGAUUUAAGUUUUUUCACCCACAUUUCCAUACAGGUAUAUAUUCUUGCUUAUUUUUCC